AUGGAGAAAUUUGACGGAAUGCUUCUUUCUUGUAAUACUACUCAGACGGGGUUGGAGUUGCAGUUCGAAGACGAUCAAAGCUUUGUAUAUGCACAACGAGUCUGGGAUUGGGUCAACGGUGCCGACAAUCAUACCUUCUUGAUGGUUGUUGGCACAGGAGACUGUGGUGAUAACCCAUACAGGACGCCAUACUUGGUGUCCGACAUCUUGUAUGAUGAAGACCAAAAUAUCGCCCACUUGAAUGCAACAACUGGAUCUUGGAGAGAUUUGGCACGAUCAUACCAGCUGCAGGUUGGCAAUAUUGCAAUGCCACGAGGCGAGAGCCCAGGCAAGCGUGAUAUCACUAAAGGAGUAUCCUUUCCUCUCGCGAAUGAGCUUCCAUUCGUGGCGAAAAUUGAACAAGGUCCAAUAGUUGGUGAGCUUGAGUGUGAGGCCUGCAGAACAACUGGCCAGAUUGACUUCGAACUCCGAGUGACACAAAAUCUUAUCGGGUUACCUGAUGGCGUGGAACUCAGGAUAAGCCCACAAGGUGUAUCGGCUGUGGCUGACCUGAAGCUCAAACUCGGCAGCAACUUCAAAUCGAAGAAAGAGGUGUUCAAGGAGACUGUCUUAUCCUUCCCAUUGAACGGCAUCACGAUCCCUCCGGAUAUUCUCAAUGUCGGACCAUUCUUAGAUAUCGAUGCAGGUGUGGAAGUUACGGGCAUCGAAGGCUCCAUCACAGUGAGUGGAGGCGUGACGUCUACGAUCCCAGACACUGCAAUACUUCGAGCGAACCUUUUCGACCCUUUGGACAACGAGUUCUCUGGCUGGUUGCCUGACAUCAACUUCUUACCACCGACGAUCGAAGCACAAGUUUCUGCAACUCUGCAAAUGUUCUUCAUGCCAGCAAUAAGAUUGAAGGCCGAAGCUUUGGGCCAAGGUGUCGAGGCUGGGCUUGAACUGAAAUUGCCGUUUAUAGACCUCAAACUGGAAGCCACAGCCCAUUCUGAGGGAGGAGUUUGUGAUGAUCCCGCAAAAACACUUGGUGUCGAAAUCGAACCCUCUGUCGGGGCUGAGUUGAAAUUUGAGGCAGGUACCACGGACGGAGAGAAGACUCCUGUUGAGAUUACUAUUGCCACCACUUCCUUCCCACUCGGCGGGAUCUGUUUUGGAACAAAUCCUGACGCUGAUAGUGCCGGCCCUUUAGCGUCUAGCAUUGGCCCAGAGCCUUCGGGAACGAAAUCGUCUUCUAAGACGUCUACAGCAACUACGGCGCCUGUAACCGAAUGCACAGCACAAAAUGGACUUUAUGGGACGUGUAUCUCCACUAGCGCCUGCUCUAGAAAAGGGGCCGUCUCCGAGGCAGGCUAUUGUCCAGGAGCGACCGAUAUUCAAUGCUGCUAUCAACCUGAUGGAAGUGGCGACAGCUGCAAGACCGAUGAGGGGGUAUUGGGAACAUGCAUGUCAACGACUGCGUGCUCCGAUGCGAGGGCUCAGUCUGUUCCUGGAUUUUGCGCGGGACCAACCAACAUCCAGUGUUGCAUCCCAAAAGCAGAACCAGCAGCGACCAGCAGCGUUUGCGUCCUGCCGACCAGCGGUGUAUCUGGAGAGUGCAUUGGUGCCGGAUCUUGCUCCUCUAAAGGCGGGAGUUCAACCCCUGGUCUAUGCCCAGGGGCUGCAAAUAUUCAAUGUUGUACUUACAGCACUUGUCUUGUCGGUGCGCAGGAGGGUAUUUGUCAGCCUACAUCAUCUUGCAAGGGAUCGACGCAUGCUGGACUCUGUCCUGGGGGCAACAACAUCCAAUGUUGCACACUAUAA